CCUUGGUCCAGUUUGUGGUUUUUGUAGAUUUCGUAGCGAAUCCAAGAGAUAAUUCAAAAGAUUCCCAUCAAUUCCUAUCAACAAGAAGAAUCGUAUACUCGCUUUCACCAGCUGGAAAAAGGGCAUACAACCUGAUAUACAUACAUAUGAUUGCUGUGUGUGCAGCCGUGCGAAACUAUAGCUUUUGGUGGACUCAAUACAAGCAGAAUACUUCACUUCUAUUUACUACGUUCGUGGGCAGUUAAGUACUAAUCUCGCGGGUGUACAUACAUAUAUAGAAAAAGUUUGUGAAACCUUUCACAACAGACCAAAGUUGGUAUAUUUUUUGUGGGCGUUUGUGUGAGUGAAUAACACAAAUUGUCGCGUUUAACUGCCCACGUAUCCACCGCCGCUGGCACAAUUGAGAUGAUCCAGCAACCAGAGGAAAGACGCAAUGGCGGCGGUGAUGUUCCCAACGAUGAGAUGGCACCGAUUGCCUCGCAUCGCAGUGGUGGGGCUUCCUCAAUGUUUCGUUCGUUUGGCUCAUUGUUUGGAGCGAAUAGCAAUCACAUAGGCAGCGGCGGCGGCGGCGGCAUACAUUCGCCCUCAAAUGCAGGCGACCAUGGUUACGUUGAGUUCGGUAUGCAGGAUCCGGAUAGAAGCGGUCGUACUCUAGGGACUUUUGCUGGCGUAUUCAGCCCAGUAGCGUUGUCAAUGUUCAGCGCUUUAGUCUUUAUUCGUGUGGGUUUUAUUGUCGGCAACGCUGGUCUUUAUGUGACGCUUCUUCAAUUCCUUAUCGCCUAUUUAAUACUCCUGUUUACCGUUGCGUCUGUAUGCGCAAUCUCUACCAAUGGUGCCGUGGAAGGUGGUGGCGUUUAUUUCAUGAUAAGCCGUACGCUAGGCCUAGAAUUUGGCGGUUCGAUUGGUACACUUUUCUUUUUGGCUAAUGUCGUCGGUUGUGCUAUGGCUAUAUCUGGUUGUACUGAGGGUGUAAUGGAGAACUUUGGCCCUGGUGGCUAUUUCACCGAAGGUGGUGACUCACUACCCGAUGGCACUUGGUGGCGCUUCCUCUUUUCAACGCUAAUAAAUACAGCCAUGUUAGUGGUGUGUUUGAUUGGUGCCGCACUCUUUGCUAAGACAUCGGUAUUAAUUUUGGGUAUUGUCACAGUAUGCUUGAUGGCCACGUAUAUAAGCUUCUUGGCCGAAGGUCCGAAAGAGAUUGACGUUCCGAAGGAAAACACCAUCUUCAACGAAACCAAACUCAAUUACACCGGUUUAAAUGCACACACCUUAAUGGAUAAUCUUUAUCCGCACUAUGCUAAAGAUUACACUUCGAAUGGUAAAAUGGUUGAUUUCGCCACCACAUUCGGUGUUUUAUUUGCUGGCGUGACUGGCAUUAUGGCUGGUGCAAAUAUGUCUGGCGAACUGAAAAGCCCUUCAAGAAGUAUUCCAACCGGCACAUUAUCGGCUGUGAGCUUCACAUUCGUCUCCUAUAUUUUACUUUCAUUUUUGAUGGCUUUAACCACACCAGCAGUUAUAAUGCAAAAUAACUAUCUCUUCCUUAUGCCGGUUAAUUUUUGGCCACCAUUCACAGCGAUUGGUAUACUAACCGCCACUUUUUCAACUGGACUCAGCAAUCUUAUUGGCUCUAGUCGUAUUUUGGAAGCUCUAUCAAAGGAUCAAGUGUUUGGCUCUCUUUUGAAAUUCGUAUUACGCGGCACAUGGAAGGGCAAUCCCGUUGCAGCGGUGUUCACUAGUUGGAUACUCGUCGAAUGUAUACUCUUAAUUGGUUCCUUGAAUGCAAUUGCGCAGGUUAAUUCAGUAUUGUUUAUGCUUUCUUAUUUGGCUACAAAUUUGGCUUGUCUGGGCAUCGAAUUGACUGGUGCGCCAAAUUUCCGUCCACUCUUUAAGUAUUUCACUUGGCACACCUGCCUAAUCGGUUUGCUAGGUACACUCAUCAUGAUGUUUGUGAUAAAUCCGAUUUAUGCAUCAUCCAGUAUUAUAUUGUGUUUAAUUUUGGUCAUCGCGUUGCAUCUGUUCUCACCAGCUUCGCAGGGUACCCAAUGGGGUUCGAUCUCACAAGCGUUGAUGUUCCAUCAGGUACGUAAGUACUUGUUGAUGUUGGAUUCACGCAAGGAUCAUGUAAAAUUCUGGCGUCCACAAAUGCUAUUGUUAGUAUCAUCGCCGCGUUCCUGCUGUCCACUUGUAGAUUUUGUCAAUGAUAUGAAAAAAGGUGGGCUGUAUGUGAUUGGCCACGUGAAGGUGGGUGACUACACGGCCUUCGUAGACCCCACCAUUGAGGAAAACAAAUAUUGGCUAUCAUUCUUGGAUCAUAUGCGAGUGAAGGCGUUUGCUGAAGUGACACUGGCCCAGUCUAUACGCGAAGGUGUGCAACAUUUGAUACGUCUAUCCGGUAUUGGUGCAAUGAAACCGAACACUAUAAUUUUGGGAUUCUACGAUAGUGAAGCACCAAAGGAUUUCUUUGAGGCCGGCACUUCACCUUAUAAAACCGAUGGCUUUAAUCACGGCGAAAUUCAAAACUUUCCCAUACGUCGUGAUGGCGAAGAAAAACAAAUUGAUGUCACUGAAUAUGUGGCUAUUAUGUGCGAUGUGCUCCGCAUGAAGAAAAAUUUGUGUCUGUGUCGACACUUUCAUCGCCUGGAUAAGAAUUUCAUUGCAAAAAGCAAACAUUUGAGAUAUAUAGACGUUUGGCCAAUCAACGUUUUCAAUCCCAAUCCAAAUAAUCCUUUCGAUGUAGUCUCUCUAUUUAUGAUGCAAUUGGCAGUAAUAAUCAACAUGCUUGCUAAAUGGAAGCACUUGCGUUUACGCGUUUUUCUGUGCGAAUCAAACAAUACAAAUACGGAAUUAAGUUCUUUCGAUACACAAAUGCCACAGCUGGAUAUAUUCGCUAGAAUGAGACUGGAGCAAUCUUUGAAGAAUUUACGUAUUGAAGCGGAUAUCAUAGAGAUUCAAGAAUGGAACCGUGAUUCUGAAUUCACAAGCCAUUCUCGCAUACUCAAACAAUUUACAAGCCAAGCUGAGGAUGUCAACGAAUUAAUUACGGAGGAAAAUCUCAAUCGCUCGCUGCUUUAUAUGCAAAGAGUCAACCAAAUAAUACGUGAACGCUCCGACCAGACCGCUGUUUCCUUUAUAUAUUUGGCUGCACCACCGCUAAUCGACACACCGGAUUUCACAGAGCGCAGUGCACGUUACAUAGAGCUACUAACCGAGUUGACUGCUGAGUUGCCACCCACUAUUCUGGUACAUGGCAUAAGCACAGUUACUUCGACAACGCUGUAAGUUCCAGAGAUUCCAUUAAACUGUAAACUGUUUUAUAUCGAUCCUUAAUGUAUGGUUCAAGUAAGUCUAUUGCGUAUGUGAGACAUUGCCGAAAAAAAGAAAGAAAACUUCCUAUAUAUAGUAUGUAUUAAAUGCUGAAUAUAAUACUUACAUAAUUAUUUAAGUUUUGUUGUUUAACUUUAUUUGCAUGUUUUCGUUAAACGUAUUUGAAUUCAGCAUAUGUAUGCAGUUCAAAAAAAAAUAAUAAUUUGCGAAAGUAGUUGAUCAUCGCACACCUUUCUUAGCUGAAAAUGGUUUUAUUAAAAGAGGAAGUCUUUAUUUUAAAAUUAAGGAGAAAUUCGUAAUAAAUAGUUAAAUGAAUGAAUAAAAUGUAGCAUAGGCUUACAUUUACAAAAUUAUUUUUAUGUGCAUUAAAUUUUUUUUGGUCUAAAAUAUCCGUACUAGGGUGGUGCUUAGAAUAUCAACAAAAUUGGGCACACCUUUAUUUUGUUCUACGUACGAAAUAAAGACAUUCACAAAAAUUUCAAAUUUUUAAAAUAAAUAUUUUUUUUUUUAAUAGCAAAAAUUUUACAAAAUGUUGCAUUUAACCAGCUAUAACCCAGCGAGUUCAUGAAUUUUUAUGAAUAAGCUUCAAUAAUAUGUCUUACUAAUUAGAUUUCAAUUCAAAAUAUUGUCGAAAUUUCGCGAUAAAAAAAAUAUUAGUUACUUAAAAAUUUUUUUAACAGUUUGAAGUUUUCGCGAAAGUCUUUAUUUUGUACGUAACUAGAACAAAAUUAAAGGGUGCCCCACACAAAAUUUAAAAGUUGAUAUCUUAACCCUUUCAGUGCAAAAUAUUAACUGUUGCAAAUAAAAAUCUUAAAAUUUGUAUACCGGCUAAUUUUGGGUCGUUGAUUUCAAAAAUACACUCAAAACUUGUAUAAAGCUUUUAGUUUUACCGUUAUCCAGCGUCCAUUAUAUUGGAAAGUGCUUUUAAAAACUGUUAGUUUUACCGUUAUUCAGGGUCCUUUAUGUUGAACAGAGAUAUCCUAGGUUUGUAAAAUCUCACUUAUUUUUAUUUUUUUCUUUCGCGAAAUAUAUUUCAAAAAUAAUGAAUUUUUUUUCGAAUCUCACUUCCAUCAAAAACUUUUGCCAAUAUAUUACCCUGUUUCCUAUCGACUUUUCUGACAUACUUUUAUUUUUUUGUGAAGAAAAACGGUCAUCUGUAUUCAGGAAAUACAAUUAAAUAAGCGUGGUAAAAAAUUAUGAUAUAGAUAAUUUUCUCAAAACAACUUUUCUUUUAACAACAAGAGAGCUCUUAUUUACGAAAAAAAGCUUUAAGCACAAAAAGGUUUGUCCAAUAUAUUGGACGCUUGUACUGAAAGCUUUAAAGACUACCCUAAUCUACACGUCCUUAUUCAGAGAGGUCCUUUAGAGAGUUUAGGGCCAGCGUUAGUGAAACGAAAUGUAUUUAUAAUCUUUAA